AUGACAUGCCUUUGUUCUCCUUACAGACGGCGCUAUAAUGAAGUUCUUCUCGGGGGCGGCCCCGUGCUCAGCAACUACCUCAGCGGCGUGCUGGUGAAGGAAGAGGUGGUGCGGCAGCUGGCGUACAUGGGCAAACGUCUGCUCACCAUGAUCAAGGAGGCUGGCGUGAAGCUGGGGAUUAGGGUAAAUAGGAAAAAUGCCGUAGGUGUCUCGGGGUCGUAUGUUGGUGGAAAUGUAAUCAUGAAGUCUGGCGUAAAGCUGGGGAUUAGGGUAAAUAGGAAAAAAGCCUUUGGUGUCUCGGGGGUCGUAUGUUGGUGGAAAUGUAAUCGUGAAGGCUGGCGUAAAGCUGAGGAUUAGGGUAAAUAUCAAAAAUGGCCUAUGUGUCUCGGGGUCGUAUGUUGGUGGAAAUGUAAUCAUGAAGGCUGGCGUAAAGCUGGGGAUUAAGGAAAAUAGGGAAAAAAAGCCGUUGGUAUCUCUGACUCUGGGGUUUAUGUUGGUGGAAACGCAUUGAGAUAAUUACUAAAUAUGAAAGGACCUAUUGUUUAGUUUGGGGGGGGGGUUUGAAUUCAUCUUUCAUCGCAUCCAUAAAACGAAGCAAAUAACUAAUUUAAUUUAUAGCAGAUGAAAAUAACAAUUUUAAAAAAUAUAUACGUUUAAGGAGUAGAAUUUCAAGGUAUACAUUUUAUUACAAUAUAUUAUUUUAAAGCUAAAUUUCUUUCGACAGCAGGGACGUAUGGAAAUUGAAAGUUGUAUUUCAAUUGGUAUGUAAUGUGUCGCCUCCAGUAAUAAUCCCCCGAACAAGCCGACCAAGUUUUCGAUUUGCCCCCCCCCCCCACCCCGGCAAAGCCCUGAAAUGAUAGGUCACUGGUUCAUACAGGAACAGUAAAGCAUUUACAUAAAUGAGUCUUAAUCUUUUAAAAAAAAAAAAAAUAAUUAAAUAAUCAAGAGUCCUUGAAGUUGUGUUGGCUAAAGAACUUUUUGAAAUGACAUGUUUCGGACUAUUUUCGUGGUGUGUUGGUGAUCAGUGGCGAAGCCAGGAUUUGGCACCGGGCUGUAGAAGUACCGCCCCUAUUUCUAUCCGCUUUAUCUACAUCGUUUCCUUUGAUCUGCAUUGCUCCCAAUUACUUAAAAGGAUAGGAAGAGAUAAUCGGUGUGGGCCGAGCCGCCCCACGUGUUUGGAGUUCGCCAACGUUACUUAACUCCCGGAAAGGUAGUGUUCCCUUUUUAUUAUCUUCUAAAAAUGACACACAUUAAAAAAGAUAUAAAAAUUUGAAUCUGACAGGAGUUGUAUACUUGAAAAGGCCGUAUACUUUUGGAACAAACGGUCUCAGGAGGGGGGGGGCGCCCCCACGCCCCACCCCUGCUUCACACUUGCUACGCAGCAGGCUUCAUGUGGUAAUUUCAGAAGAAUUGAUUGUUAAGGAAGUCUUUUGUUUCUUUCGGUCUCACAGGCCGAUAACGGGGUUGUCCCACUGUACGGCACCCCCGGCGAGUGGUCAACACAGGGGCUCGACGGGCUGGAGGAAGCGUGUAAGAGGUACAGAGCCAUGGGGGCGGAGUUUGCACUUUGGAGGUGUGUCUAUAGUAUCGGCCCUUUCACGCCCAC